AUGUCGAAGAAGAAGAAAGCUGCGACUGAAACUCUGCUAAAACAGGACGAUAUACUGCAAGCAGUGGUUCUUGCUGAUAGUUUUAAUGUACGUUUUGCUCCGAUAACACUUGAAAAACCAAGGAUAAUGGGAAAUCAAAUUCAUUUGCAUUUAUUGCAUACUGAAUAUGCAGCAAGAGUUUCUAACCUGUACAUGUAUGAUGCAAUUAGCAAAGAUGUGAUUCACAGAUGGACUUAUCCAUUUGUAGUUGACAAUAACUUAUGUGUCAAUGAAAGUGGUUAUAUGUUGUUAAGACAUAAUAUAUACAUCUCCAAGGAUAUAACAUUAGCCAGAGGAUGCGUACUGAAGGAGGAUGUUGUUGUUGGCCAGGGAACAUGUAUUGGUACAAAUACUGUCAUUUCAAAUAGUGUUAUUGGUAGGAAUUGUCAGAUAGGAGAGAAUGUGAUAUUAAAAAAUGCAUAUAUAUGGGACAAUGUUGUAAUUUGUGGACAUUGUGAAAUUGACUCAUCUUUAAUCUGUAACGGAUCAACAGUCUUAUCUAAUGUCACAAUUCAACCUAAUUGUACUAUAUCCUACAAUGUGACUGUUGGACCAGAUGUAAACAUCAAACCAGGUACAUUAUUGACAACACAGUUACCAACACUGAACACAGGAUUUGAUGAUUUAUCUGAUUCAAAAUGGCUUACUGAUCUCUGCGUGGAUACUGAACAAGAUGAAGAAAGCAGUGAGGAUGAAUCCAUCGAGGAUCUCACUCCUCCAACAACACCACCUUUAGAUGACACUAGGAUGUUCUACAAUGAAGUUUUAGACAGUCUUCAUCGAGGAAUAGAGGAGAAUAUAAACUGUGAUAAUCUUGUAUUGGAGAUUAAUUCAUCUAAAUAUGCAUAUAAUGUAUCCAUGAAGGAACUAAAUGGUUUAGUUGUAAAGGCUAUACUGGAAUUACCUCAGCUACAGUCAACAUUACGUCCCCCUCAAUAUUUGUCAGCAUUAAAAACUCUGCUGAAACAACUAUCACCUGUGUUACAAAACUAUAUAAAGAGUUGUGAAUCUCAGAUGGACUGUCUGGUAGCAUUAGAGGAAUACUGUGGAAGUUGUGAGAAUUUUGCACCAAUCAUAAUGCAAGUAAUACAUUAUAUGUAUGACCAAAUGGAAAUAUUGCAGGAGUCUGUUAUACUAUCAUGGUAUAACCAGACGUCAUCAUCAGAUGAACCACAUACUAGAAUGAAACAUCAAGAAAUUAGAAAACAGGUAACCACAUUUGUUAAAUGGCUAGAAGAAGCAGAUGAGGAGAGUGAUAGUGAUGAUGACGAUGAUGACAGUAAUUAGGAUGUUCUGUAAUAUAUAGACAAAUAAAACAACCUUGGUUAUCCUGUA